AUGAAAGUUGUGAAGAAGAAGGAUUUGGAACGACUUAAUGAGGAGCUGAGAGGUAUUGAAGGUGUAGCAACAGCUCUCGGAACCCAUACGAGCACAGGGAUUCCUGAUGAUGAAAAGAAGAUCAAUCAACGACGUAAAAUAUUCGGCUCAAACACAUAUAAAAAGCCACGCCCAAAAGGUUUUUUCCGCGCCGUAUACCGACCUCUAGAUGAAUUUGCCAUUUUAAAUGAUUUCGUGAACGUUGUUGCUGCCGUUAUCCUUUUCGUUGCUGCCUACGGCAUCGGUAGCUGCAUGCCCUCUUCAGCUCGCAAGUCCAAAGCGAUCAUCAGCGGAGACGAAAUCGAAGUUUUGAGAGGUGGAGAAAGCAAGAAGGUUUCGAAAUCCGAAAUCGUUGUGGGAGAUGUGGUUUGCUUAAAGAUCGGAGACGAAGUUCCAGCAGACGGCUUGUUCUUACGAGGGAAUAAUCUGCAAUUAGAGGAGAGGGAUAGUGAGAUCAGUGGCCGUGCCGUACAAGUAGUUAACGAGGAGAAUCCAUUUCUGUUUUCUGGAUCUCAAGUUGUUGACGGUUAUGGUGGAUGCCAGAUGAUGGUCACUUCAGUUGGCAUGAAGGCGAAAUGGUGCAAAAUGAUGAGGAAACCCAGUUGCGGUUCAAGUGAUGAGAAAAUUGACACGGUAGAAGAUCAAGUAUACAAGCUUACUUGUUCAAUACGUAACAAGGUUGGUCUGCCAAUUGCCUUACUCGGUUUGAUAGCCUUCCUUGCCCGAUACUUCACCGGGAAUACCAAAAACGAUGAAGGAAAACAGGAAAUCAUUAAUGGUAAAAUCAAGGUUGAAUUUUGGGAUUCAUCAUUGCUGGAAUUUAUAGCAACUGCUUUUAUCACUGUGGUUGUCGUAAUCCCAGAAAGCUUGCGAUUAGGCGUGGCUCUUACCACUUUCUAUUCAAAGAAGAGAUUGAUGGCUGACAUGGAAAUGGUGAGUGACACUUCUGUCUCCCGUUGUGAGACAAUGGGAUCUGUCACCACCAUCUGUACCAGCAAAACAGGCAUUCUCACCAUGAACCGGAUGGAGGUCAAAGAGUUUUAUCUCGGCGAGCACUCUGUUUUGGAAAAAGAGGCUUAUUUGACAAAUGCUUCUACUCACGUUAAAAAUUUGUUGAAAGAGGGAAUCGCUCUGAAUACGAGUCCUAGUACUCCAACUGAUAAAGCAAUUCUUUCAUGGGCAGUUCGUGUCUUGGAUAUGGAUAUGGAAGUGAAAUGCAGGUGUCUGGUUCUUCGUCCUGAUCAUCGUGAUGAUGAGGCUGAUUUAAACAUUAAUUCGCAGAAGAAGAAACGAAGUGGGGUUUUGAUGAAGAGGGAGGUAGACAACACAGUCCACGUUCAUUGGAAAGGAGAAGCAGAGGCGAUUUUAGAGAUGUGUUCUAGCUACUACGACAAUUCAAUUUCUAGAAACCCCAUAGAUCUCGAUGAUGAACAAAAAGUUAAAUUCCGACGCAUCGUUCAACAUAUGACGGAGAGAAGCCUCCAGUGCAUCGCUUUUGCACACAAUCAAGUUGAACCGGUCGAUGGAUGUCACACACUGAAAGAAGAUGGUCUGGUACUAUUAGGACUGGUUGGCAUCAAAGAUCCAUGCCGUCCAAAAAUGAAAGCAGCCGUGAAAGAUUGCCAGAAUGCUGGAGUAGAUGUCAAGAUCUUCACCAGCGACAACAUUUCCUCAGCAGAAGACAUAGCCAGAGAGUGUGGAAUACUACUCGAUACAGAUGAUUAG